AUGGUUGUCAAGCGCAAGAGAGACACUUCCGUCGUGUCAAGAUCGAAAAAGACCGAGGAUCCCAGCCCCCCACCCGCAGACAACGCUCAGGACAUCUUCCGCAAAUACUUCGAAGCGCAAUUCGAACCUAUAGAGGCGGCUCCAGCGCAGCCUGCGGAAGAGUCUGAGUCGGAAGAUGAUGACGAAGAAUACGAUGAAGAAGAAGAUGACGAAGAAAUGGGGUCAGAAGAUCGUUGGGAUGGAGUCUCUGACGACGAUGAGAAAGACCACAGAGUUGAGAUCGUUGAGCAUAAGGACGCCAACGAGAAUGAAGAUGAGCUGAUGCAAAAGCAGCUGCGCAAGGCCUUCUUGUCGACAUCAAAACCGAAGACGAAAGAAGACAAGGAAGAUGAAGCCGGGGAGGCCGAUAACUUCAAGCACGAUCUUGCACUUCAACGACUCCUCAAAGAAUCACACCUCCUAGACUCCGCGGAUGACCUUGCACCGACAGGCAAGAACCGACUGAAGGCUUUGGACUUGCGCAUGCAGGAGCUCGGAGCGAAGUCCUCGCUCUAUAAGCAGAAGAUGCCCGAUGCCCAUCGACGAGGCAUCAAUGCAAAGGCAGCAUCAAAGGACGAAAAGCGACGUCGCGAAGCUAAGGAGAACGGUAUCAUCCUCGAGCGGCCCUCGAAGGUCUCAAAAUCCAACAACAAUGGACGGAGAGAACGCGGUGUGGGAGGUGCUUCUAUUGGAAAAUUCUCCGGGGGUACAUUGAACCUGAGCAAGCAGGAUUUGUUCUCUAUGAAGAGCAAACCAAGCCGCUCCUCCAGGGGGGGUAGAGGCGGCCGCGGUGGCCGUGGUCGCGGUGGGGGUCGUGGUGGUAGAGGUGGCAGGGGCGGCCUAUGA